GUCUUGCCAACAUCGCCUCAUGUGUACUAUCAAUUUGAGUUCUUAUCGUGUGGGUACAGCACAUCCUGAUCCGGUUUGUACAGACAGUUCUCCUCAUCGCGCACACUCAAAUCGAUGAAUCGGUUUAGGUUCUUACGUACAUGAAAUUACGAUAUUCACGGUUCUUGUCCUCUAAUCGGUAUUAUCAAUUGUUGUGCGAAAGUAUUGGACAGCAUAUUUGUUCGUCUAUAACUCUAUUCGCAUCCGCUUCCGCCCUGAAAAAUGACUCUAGUUACAAAGAUCUAGACCCACUACCUCACUCACAUGGGUAACAGCGGCAGUCAAGAUUUGGGUCCCCACGGGGACCUCCGGCUGCAGGCGGACCAGAUCCGCUAUGACGAGGCGAAACAGUACGAAGCGAUUGUUGCCGGGAGCACCGGGGCGUCCGGUCGCGCGUUGGUUGCGGCACUGUCCGCUCGCCCGAAUUGCACACGGAUCCACGCGCUGGUCAGACAAGGCAAAGGAAUGCCCGACUUGAAGCGGGACGAAGUCCAGAAAGCAUUUCCGGGGAUAGAAUACGACAAGCUGAACAUAGGGAGUGCUGGCGGCGGCACGUCAGCACGACUAAAUGUUGUCGAAUUUGACUACGAAAACGCCAAGCCGCUGCCAACGAUUGCGCAAGGAACUGAAGUACUUACUGUUACUUAUAUCUGCACAACUACGAUUAUGUUGAAGCUGUGAAAGGAUCCUUCAUUAACGACGGAGUCAUGACGUUUGGUCCUACAAAGUCUCUUGAAUUUUCCUAUCGCGUAUGUCUAAUUUGUCAGACCGUGUGGAGAAGUUCUCCAUUCGGUCGUGUUGACAAAAGGUCUCACGUUUUAUCUACAUACGAGUGACCGCUGCUCUUGCGCGCAAAACAACCAAAAACGUCCGAUUCUAAUGCAGUUACCAUUUGUCAGUCUUGCGAGUGCGGAAAGCUGAGUCAGUUUUUCGCGCUCGCAUGGCUUGAUGCUCAUAGUGGUUUUCUGUUUCGCUGUCGCGACGACAUUGGAUUGAUAUAAACAAAUGUUUGCUCCUUCGUUCCGUCUACUAAGAGAGGGACUUCUUGAAAAACGGAAAAAAUUAGAAAUUGAUUUACCUCACCCCAGGUGAUGGCUUUCUGUGCCCUUGGUACCGCCCCGUUUUCCGAGCUGGUUGAUUACACGUAUUCCGUGAACUUUGCCGAAGCCGUUGCGAAGAGCUACGACGUGAAAGCUCUCGGCUUGGUCUCUUCGCAAGGUGCCAACAAGGACUCCAUGAUGGGCUACAUGGAGACGCUCGGCCGACGAGAAAACCAGUUCGCGGAAUUGGCGAAGCAAUACAAAUUUCCCACCAUCUUUGCCCGCCCCGGGCCCAUCGACCGCGACGAGCUAGCCGAAGAGCGACUGAAGGAGCGAAUUCUUGGCGCUUUCUCCUUCGCACUCCCUUUCGUGCACACAUCGCAAAUUGCGGCGAGUUUGAUCCAGGGGGCGGAAACGCUGGGCGGGAACGCGCAGAAAGUGAAGCUAGACGAAUCGCGAGAGCAGGAGACUUGGUAUUGCUACAGCAUCGAAAGUGGGCAGAUAGGCACGCAGAGGAAUUCAAAAGUGUUUUCAUCUGAGGGAGGACCUGCGUGACAUUGUAGUUGAUUUCUGAAAGGCGUGUGGUUUUAUACGUCGGACUAUCACUACUUGUUUGCAGGAGCUAUUAAACUAUACACGCGCUGUGCAACUUGACGAACCAGCAAGUUCAUCAUCAUGGCUCUCCCCGAUCAUGUUUACCAUCAAGAUUGAUAUGUGAAAGCGAACGACCCCACAGAAGAGGGUAAGGAUCACUCUGGUUUGAUGUUGGGUUUUUUUCUCCUUCCAUGCUUUUUCGG